AUGGGGAAUUGCCAAGCUGUGGAUGCUGCAGUGCUUGUGAUCCAACACCCUUGUGGGAAGAUAGAGAGGUUGUAUUGGCCAGUCACUGCAAGUGAGGUUAUGAGGACCAACCCAGGCCACUAUGUGUCUUUGAUAAUACCAUUGCCUGUGCCACCACAGGAGCAGAAUCAAGACCAGAAAACGGUGCGUUUCACCCGCGUUAAGCUCCUCCGGCCUAAUGAGACUCUCAACCUUGGCCAUGCUUACAGGCUCAUCACUACUCAAGAGGUUAUGAAGGUUUUGAAAGCAAAGAAGCAUGCCAAGACAAGGAAGCCACAGGCUGAGACAGUCGAGAAGGUACAUACCGUACAACCGGAGAAGGAGAGUUCAACCACUGAGGCACACACAGGAGGGGAGUCUACACAUCAGGGAACGAGACCCGAGAGACACAGGCCAAGGGCGGCUUCAGCAAAACCUGCUGUAGUGAGGUCAAAAUCCUGGCGCCCCUCGUUACAGAGUAUUUCAGAAUCAUCAAGUUGA